AUGUCUCCAGAGUUUCCGCCAUCCUUCGACAUCCAUGUUAACAAGCAGCAGCACGUGAAAAAGGAGGAAGACGAAGACGUCGACGAAGAGACCAACCGAGUGCCAGAGGGGAAAGACACCCAGACCCGAGAAUCAGACCGAACCGGCUCCAAGAGACAGUAUCCCUGGCCCGAGCCCGUUGCUGUCUCUGUCUUCCAGCCCCGGCUAGAAUCCCAUGCGCGCUCAAAUCGAGUCCACUCCAUCCUGAAUCCCACCCCCGAGGGUGGUGACUCGCAGGAAACCAAACGGCCGGCUCAUGAUACAAGCAACAGCAGCAGCAACAACAACAACAACAACAGCAACAAUAUGUCCUCCACGGAAAUCCUGCCUCCUCCUCCUACAUUACCUCCGUCUCCACAACGGCGUUGUUCUUCCUCGCCUCUUCUUGCACCCAUCUCAAAAUCCAGCCACACCAAAUCAUACCAUCACCAUCUUCAUCACGCCGGAAGAUCAUCCGUUUCUCCGCCGCAUAACCCUCCUCGACGUAUCAUAACACCUGUCUCACCUGCCAUGCGCUAUGCCAGUGCCGGUGGCAAUAACAUUGCCAAUGCUGGCUCGGCUGGGGUCAGUGGUUCCGGUGGCAGUGGCGCGGAAGCCAAAGUGAGAGUGUCUCAGUCACCGUUUGUCCCGCUGUCAGAAUUAUCUGCAGGAGUAUACAGUACUCCGGGGGGAAGCGGACCAGGUCCUACCACUCCCAUUGAGCCACCAUCAUUAAUGACAACGCCGAGGUUUUCUCCUAAACUGGCAAUUCCGAUCCCCAGUCGGAAUGCCUCGCUGCCGCCGGCUCCUCUUCAAGUGUCCAGACAUUCGACCCCGACUCUCAUUCAUAGCUGUCAUCCCAGCGGAGGACUGGCGAAUAAUCCGAGCUCACAGGCCUCGAGUCCCAGCACACCUCAAUCUACUUUCAGCUCCUUUGCGCAGUCUUCGCCGUCUGUUGCGUCGGGCUUGCUGCCACCUCUUGGACAGUUGUCUGCAGCGCGGGAGUCCCCCUCACAGUCCCCCUUCAUGGGCAUGGAGCCAUUAAGCCGAACGCCGAGUCGGACAAGCAUGAGCACCUCGAGGUAUGGCGAUGAUCAUCAUCCUCACCACCAACCCCAACAUCAACAUCCCGCUCCCUUUCCAGGUCCACCAGACCAUCCCCAUCAGCAGCAGCCGCCGCCGCCGCCAUACCACACCAUGAUCCCCGUCACAAUCGACCUGAAAUCCGGAUCCCGAAGCCAAGCCGAGAAGCGCAAAGCGAACAGCGACGCAUCGCGCCGGUUUCGCAACCGGAAGAAGAACGAAGCUGCCCUCGAGCAGAAAAUCAGCCAGUUGACUGAGCAGCUGCAGUGCGCAAUUGAGGAGCGAGACUACUACCGCUCUGAGAGAGACUUUUUCAGGGAUACUCUAGGUCGAAAUGUAGACAUUUCGCAGAUGCCGUCUCGUCCAGCUUCCCCUUCGUCGACUCGUCGGUUUCAUCAGACGUCUAUAGCGCCAGCAGGCGGCGAAGACAUGUCGAAAAGCGCCAGUACGGGGACUACCAGUUCAUCGCUGGCGUCUACUCCUCAUAUCCUUCCUUCGCCGGUCUCGGGCCCAGAGUCUUUAUCGUCGUCUGCUGCUGCUGCUGCAGGCCAGCAUCAGCAUCAGCAUCAUCUGCGCUCCUCUGCAUCUACGUAUCCGCCUGCAGAUUCAUGGCAGGGUGGUGGUGGUGGUGGUGAAUACCACCAUGCAUACCGCGAUGAUUCUCGUUUUGCGAACCCGAGGCGAUCUUAG